CUCCUCCAAGCAAUAGGACGAUGUAAAGAUAAACCAGAUCUGGGGUCUUGGCUUUAUCCACCAUUGCUACCCCCUCCCCCCUUCCCCCCGACAUUCUUCAUAGGCAAUUGCUCGGCAAAAUAUGCUGAGACGAAAUCCAAUACCGGGCACUAUUAGUAGCUAGGGCGGUUCGCUCUGACGUAGACGUAGGGAAGUUCAUAUUAUAUUAUGGUUCGCAGAAUUUCGCUUGAAUAGUACGCUGUUCUCGUUCUUUACAUCACGAUUGUGGGGAGGGCAAUUACAUUGGGUACAUAAAAACAGUCGAUAGACAUGUCUAACUCUUCGACAGGCCUUCCCGGAACACAAACCUCCUAUCUCCAAAUGGCUACAUUUUUACUGACCAUUCUUCUGUCUUGGUUCCUUAACUUGAGACGAGACACACAAGCGGUAACCCACCUUUAUAUUAUCACUGAAGGUUGGAAAGGAAAUAAUGAGGGAGAACCUCUGACGGCGAAUCCCACGAAGAGCGCCGGACGUGCCUCGAAGCUGGUGGGUUGGGAGGAGCGGAAAGAAGGCGAGCCAGAAAGACUCACCUUUUAAUUGACCGUCCGCUGACAUGAACGCGAGGUGAGGUGCCGGGCUUACGUAAGGGGGCAUAAGGGAAGAAGAAUUCGACAGGCUCUGGAAGGAUUGUGGGUAGGUAAAGGUAGGUAAGUUCACAUUCUAGUUGAGGAUCGACCGGUAGAACGAAGCACGAGUCUAUCACCGUUCGGCCAAUAUAAGCCCAAUAUGGUGAGAUUGCGAUGUAUUAGACACACGCACAGGCUAUUGAUUCUUACCGAUAUCAGGAAAUGACCACCACCCGAAUAUAAAAACCUGCCUGCUUGUACAGGUUGGUAUCAAUAUCGCGUGAACGAAUCCUUCCAAUCUCGUCGUGAUAUUACUAUAGAUACCUGUGCGGUUGGAGCAGCAGGAAUCUAUCCACGGUCCCGAACCGAUAGUGGAUAGCAAGCAAGAAGACAAUAGUUGGCCACAGAGUCGGCCCUCGCGGAGAGCCUCAUUGGGUGCGGAGUUAGCCUCGAAUUCCGCGGCCUCGAUAUUACCACUCAGUGGCGGCUCGAAGGAGAACUACGGAGCCGAGCGAAGGGUGCGUUCAUAGUCUGUCUAGCACAUUAGCGGUGAGACGUGGCCCGAUCAUCUGCGA